AUGGUAGCACCAACAGCAGUUAAAAACUUGAGUAAGAUCGAAUUGGAGAAUGCACCCUUAGAUGUUGAAGAAGAUGAAAUAUUAGUGGACACUACACAAGUGCCUCUUGGUGAUGCCAUCGAUGGUAAUCAAGGAUUAGAAGGGGAACCAGUAGAUGUUGCUGGAAUAGCUUUAAAUGAUUCGGGAAAGCCAAAAUUUUCUUCAGCAGGAAAAUCUUCAAUGAAGGUCAAAUUGGAAAGCCGAAAGGUGCCUGUACCACCACAUAGAAUGGCCCCUUUGAAAAACAAUUGGACUAAAAUAUAUCCCCCGUUAGUCGAUCAUCUAAAGCUUCAGAUCAGGAUGAAUUUAAAAAGUAAGACUGUAGAGAUGAAGACUAAUAAAAACACUACUGAUGUUGGCGCAUUACAGAAAGGUUGUGACUUUGUGAAAGCGUUUACUCUUGGGUUUGACGUGGACGAUGCAAUUGCUUUAUUGAGAUUAGAUGAUUUAUAUAUUGAAACUUUUGAGAUUAAGGACGUGAAGACCUUGAACGGAGACCAUUUAUCUAGAGCUAUUGGUAGGAUAGCCGGUAAAGAUGGAAGGACAAAAUUUGCUAUUGAAAACGCUACAAGAACUAGAAUUGUUCUUGCAGAUUCCAAAAUUCAUAUUUUAGGUGGUUUCACACAUAUUAGAAUGGCCAGGGAAGCAGUUGUAUCUCUAAUCCUCGGUUCUCCACCUGGAAAGGUGUAUGGUAAUUUACGUACAGUUGCAUCAAGAAUGAAAGAACGUUUUUAA